UAAACGGGGCGGGCCCAAUUGCCUAGUUGUAGGCGACAUUUUACUACACCGAGAACGCACGAAGAUGUUGUUUUAGCGCAAAGCUGGCAUACUUUUCGCGGGGUUGUUCGUUAAAGUCAUUAUGUAAGGAUUUGCACGCAAAAUCUGCACCCUAACUUUGUCUAAAACACCCUCAUUCAACAUAUUACAUCUUUACCGAUUUCAGAAAUACACAUUUCCACAAACCAGGUAGGACCAGCGUUAACUACUUCGUUUUGUUCUGGAGGAAACAGUGAUCAUUCUGCCGGGGUCUUACUUUACAGCAAGGUUAACGAGAUGAGAGGCAGUUCAUCAUAUGGAGACCGAGACAGAGAUCGAGGACGGGACAGGGGGCCUCGCUUUGGAUCCAGUCGAGUUGCCCCACCUCCACCCAAGAAGUUUGGGAAUCCAGGAGAUCGGCUGAGGAAGAAGAAAUGGGACCUUGAUCAGCUACCCAAGUUUGAGAAGAACUUCUACAGUGAACACCCAGAGGUUCAUCACAUGAGUCAGUAUGAUGUGGAAGAAUUUUGCCGGAAGAAAGAGAUUACCGUCAGAGGCUCUGGCUGUCCAAAGCCUGUCACCAGCUUCCAUCAAGCUCAAUUCCCUCAAUAUGUGAUGGACGUGCUGCUGCAGCAGAACUUUAAGGAGCCCACUGCUAUCCAGGCUCAAGGUUUUCCUUUGGCUCUCAGUGGCAGGGACAUGGUGGGCAUUGCUCAGACCGGCUCCGGAAAAACACUGGCAUAUCUGCUGCCUGCCAUAGUGCAUAUUAACCAUCAGCCCUACCUGGAGAGAGGGGAUGGGCCCAUUUGUCUUGUGUUGGCACCAACACGUGAAUUAGCCCAGCAGGUGCAGCAAGUGGCUUAUGACUAUGGCAAGUCAUCUCGGAUCAAGAGUACCUGUGUGUAUGGUGGAGCCCCUAAGGGUCCACAGAUCAGAGAUUUAGAAAGAGGUGUUGAAAUCUGCAUUGCCACACCUGGCCGUCUGAUCGAUUUCCUGGAGGUAGGAAAAACCAACCUGCGCCGUUGCACCUACCUAGUGCUGGAUGAGGCUGAUCGUAUGUUGGACAUGGGAUUUGAACCCCAAAUCCGCAAAAUUCUUGACCAAAUUAGACCUGACAGACAGACUCUCAUGUGGAGUGCUACCUGGCCUAAAGAAGUUCGUCAGCUGGCUGAAGAUUUCCUCCAUGACUAUGUCCAGAUCAAUAUAGGAGCUCUAGAACUGAGUGCAAACCACAACAUCCUGCAGAUAGUGGAUGUCUGCAUGGAGAAUGAAAAAGACAUGAAGCUGAUUCAGCUUAUGGAGGAAAUCAUGGCUGAAAAGGAGAACAAAACCAUCAUCUUUGUCGAGACAAAGAAACGUUGUGAUGAACUUACUGGGAGGAUGCGAAGAGAUGGGUGGCCUGCAAUGUGUAUUCAUGGUGACAAGAGCCAACCAGAGAGGGACUGGGUAUUAUCAGAGUUCCGCAGUGGAAAAGCUCCAAUUCUGAUUGCUACUGACGUUGCCUCACGGGGUCUGGAUGUGGAGGAUGUUAAAUUUGUCAUCAACUAUGACUAUCCAAACUCUUCUGAGGAUUACGUUCAUCGCAUUGGGCGCACAGCCCGCAGCACCAACAAAGGUACAGCCUAUACCUUCUUCACACCUGGGAACCUUCGGCAGGCUCGUGAUCUGGUCCGGGUUCUUGAGGAGGCUAGACAGGCCAUCAACCCCAAACUACUGCAGCUGGUGGACACAGGCCGUGGGGGAGGGGGAGGUGGAAGGAUGCGUUAUCGUGGCAACAACUCAACCUCAAAUAACCCCAACAUGAUGUACCAGGAUGAAUGCGAUCGCCGCAUGCGCUCUGUAACCGGAAGUAACAAGGGCAGCCGCAGCAACAACUUGAGCCGUGAUGGAAGGUCAGGUGGGAGCAGCCGUGACGACCGUAUGUCCUCCUCUUAUAGAGACCGCAGCAGGGAUGGACGAAACAAUUACAACUCAGGACCCACCUACAACAGUGGAGGAGGUGACCAAUUCCAGAGCUGUGGGGGCGGAGGAGGGGGGCAGUAUGGCUCCCGAGGGGGAGGCACACAUCCGAGUGGGGGUGGUAGUGGUAGUGCUAGUGGGGGUGCAGGAGGGCAAGAUCAGGCUGGACCUCCCCAAGUUCUGUUUGGAGCACCUCCACCACCAACUCAGCCUGGGCCAGGUCCACAGCCACUCAUGGCACAGCAGUUCCCUCCUCCACCGCAGCCUAUCAUGGGGUUCAUGGGUUCUGGGCCAUACCCAUUUGCCUCACCACCACCACCCCUUCCUCCCCCUCCUAGAAAGUAACAUCCAGAGGCUUUACGAUCUUCAGGUUUUUUUUCUUUUCUUGUUGUAAUAGUAACCUACUGUUUCCAGUCUGAACUUUUGAAUAUAGUUAUGUGAUACAUGGUGUGCUCUUUAUUUUCUGUUGUGUUGUUGUAGAAAAGGAUGGCUUUGCAUUUAAUCAAGCCAGUGGUCCAGGGUCUUGAGUGAAGGGCUUCUGGUCCAAUACAAUGCUUUUGAGUUCUGUGGUUCUCAAAUCUGUUUCCCAAAAGUUAGAACAAUCGUUAGAUAUCUUGACUUUUUUUGUGCAUCUUCCCAGGUAAAAAGGGUUAAUCUUUUGAUUAGUUUGUCAGUACUUUUUAAUGAUUAUUGAUAUUUUAAGUACUUAACAGAUUUGCAUCCUCCAGUGUUAUCAGUCUCAGACUUGCAGAAUAAUUAAUAGAUGGAGAUUUAGUUUUUUGUAGUUAUUUCCAACUUUUUACCUUAGUAUAUCACCAGGCUAUUAGUAUGCUUCAGUAUAUCAAACUAUACCCAAUGCAAAUGCUUAAUUAUACCAUUGUAUGCAUUACUAUGUAUGCCUAUGAUCAGGCAUUACAGACAGCUACUUCUUGGGAUCCUGAACAGACUCAGAGGAAUCAAAUUUGUUCACAAGACCACCUCUCUGAUUGGAAGGGACCUGGAAAUAAAUAUAAAUUCUUUUUGUAUAAUCACUUUGUUUUACAAGUUUUAAUAAAAGAGUUCAAUUCAG